CGGUUUUCUUCACGUACCAAGGUUUUGUGACGCACGACCACCGGCCACCGAUCGGUCCGAUCCCAAACCCUUGGCGGCUAAGCAACCUCUCCCCCUCUCUCCAUGAGCCCGUGCUCUCCUCUCCCCCGACACACGCAAUCUCAGAAUCCAAAUCUCGCCGAGAACUUACAUCUCGCAUCGACGAAUCCGUUAGCCCCGCUUGGCAGAACGGUGGGUUGAUUUGUUUCGAUUUGUGCGAGAAGACUAGUUUUGUUGAUCUUCACUGUUUGUGGGAUAGAGAAGUAAAACAGGACAACACCGCCAAUCAGCUGAUGGGUCUAGUGUGGGAUUGGAACAUGUGUGGAGCUGAACUGAAGAAGGUUGAUGAAUCGGUUCUUCACACUGCCAACGAGGAUGGUGAAAGAGGCGAGGAUGAUGCCACAGCUCUCCCAGAGGAUGGCGGGGAUGGCUCUGAGGAUGUCGGCAGUGGCCCUGAGGUUGAUGUCGGUAGUGACCCUGAGAAUAGCGGCAGUGACCCUGAGGAUGGCGGUGGCCUGGAUGAUAGUGGACCAUUUGGCGGACGUGCGGUGCAAGUGUUGGCCAUUUGUGCGAACUUCCCUAUCUGCGAAAUCAUCGGCUCUGACUGGCAGCAAGCUCGGUACAUCUACGAGCGUCGCGAGGGGGAAGUACAAGAGGAAGGAAUGGUCGAUUUGGUGCUCACUGGGCCCCAUAAAAUUUUCAUGGCUUGUGGUUACUUCCGCGUGAAAGUUUAUACCGACCACGGGUCUGGUCCUCCUGUCAUCACAGAGGCGUGGGACGUUCAAGAAGACGAUAGAAUUAAGGAAUACACACGAACCAUCCGUGCAGGCCCUGGCAGCAAGUUGAAGAUCACAUACUUGGUGAUUCCCAAGGCCAUAGAGGCCAAUGUUGAGGUCAACUUAAAGUUGAAAGGCCUCGGUUCUAGAAGCCGUGCCAUUUAUGGUAAGAUCAAGGCAAGCGUUCCUCACUACAGGAACAAAAGCAUCCCGCUCUUCAGUUGUGAACGAGGGACAAGCUUGUCCUUUCCCUCUGGUUCCACAUCCAUUCUUCCGUUGAGCCUGUCUAGGAUUGCCGUGCCAUCUCUUUGGCAGCUCCGACUCCACAUACAAGUGGACCUGACAGUAAUCACAUAUGAUAGUCAAGAAGAGCAGGACAAGAAUUUGAAAUUCAGUCUAGAUUUCACCCGUGAAAUUGUGAGCCAAGAAAGAGAAGUCGAUGAUGAUCAAGUUGAAGUGAAGAUAGUGUGGGACCAGAUUUAUUGAUACUCCGUAAUUGGUAGGAGUACUCGAACUAAGACGUGAUUUAACUAGAUGACUAUGAAAUAAGUGAAGUGGUAGUCAUAGUUUUAGUGAAUUGGGUACUGUUUCUGUGUUGUAUUUUCCAGUUCUUCUCAAAAUCAUCUUGUGAUGGUUGUAGGCUUAUCAGCAUAGAACAUUUUGCCUUUUGGUUUCUACGAACUUUAGUUGUCUGUGCAUUGCUA